AUGUUAGCCGCAAUUCUCCUCAUCGCCUAUCUCACCCCAUUUUCCAAAUUCCCAUUUGAUCAUCCUGUGCCUAGCAGCUGCCGGCGAUACUGGAUUAAUGAAGCAUUAUUGUAUGGGAAAGAGUUUGAUGGUCCGGUAUUUCAGCUUGAGAUCAAUGAUCUUUCUUGUUUUCUUGACCGUGUUGCUUGUGUUGCUGCCGUUGCUGUUGCCACCAUUGCCACCACCUCCGUCAAUACUCAUGCUUCUUCCAGUUUUGAUCAUGUCCUUUCUUGUCUUAUUAGCCUUCUCGUCAUCUCAAAUCCCUCAUAUUGCAUUGUCUUCUACUUGACAAGGUAUUUUCGAUGGAUCGAUCUCCUUGAGUUUACAAGAGUACUACCAACUUCCAUGUAUGAAAUCAAGUUUAUGAGACCGAACCAAGGCAUCAAGUCUCUCUAG